GAGGGAGGAAGAGUUUGAACACACUGCAGAGGGAGUGCAGCUAUGGGGAACACACAGGAGAAGCCUCCAGGCAGCGGAGGAGGAGGAGGAGGAGGAGGAGGAGGAAGACCAGAUCAGGCCACAGCAGGGACCGGGACGAGAAGCCGGGGUGGAGCCGGUGUGGAAAAGCCCCAGACUCAGAGAGCUCCAGGGAAGGGGGUGGCCAAUGGCACUCAGAGGGAAAACAGCUCUGCUGGUGGACAAGGGAAGCAGGACAGCCCUGCAGUGGACACAAGUUAUCUGGACGCCCCUGCUGGCGCUCUUCCUCCUCACCUGGCCCGGCUCAAGAAUGCAGGGAACCACCUCUUCAAACAUGGGCAAUUUGGAGACGCCUUGGAGAAGUACACACAGGCCAUUGAUGGAUGUGCAGAAGCAGGCAUUGACAGCCCAGAGGACGUGUGUAUCCUCUACUCCAACAGAGCCGCCUGUUACCUGAAGGAUGGAAACAGCACAGACUGCAUACAGGACUGUACCAAGGCUUUGGAGCUGCAGCCCUUCUCGUUGAAGCCCCUGUUGCGCAGAGCUAUGGCCUAUGAGUCACUGGAGCGCUACAGAAAGGCCUACGUGGAUUAUAAGACCGUCCUGCAGAUAGACACCGGGGUGCAGGCGGCUCACGACAGCGUCCACAGGAUCACCAAGAUGCUUAUCGAGCAGGACGGACCCGAGUGGAGAGAGAAGCUUCCGGAGAUUCCCACCGUCCCUCUGUCCGUCCAGCUGCAACACAGAGACAAACCGGUCAGCGCCGAAGUGGCUCAAGCCCGAGCCGCCAGGGCUGCGCAGGAGGAAGCCAGAAGAAAAGACGCCCGCUUUACUUUACUGAAACGAGAAGGCAACGACCUGGUCAAGAAAGGCCACUUUCAGGAAGCUCUGGAAAAGUACUGUGAAUGUCUCACAUUGAAACCUGAUGAAUGUGCCGUCUACACAAACAGAGCCAUUUGUUUCCUGAAACUAAAUCGCUUUGAAGAGGCCAAACAGGACUGUGACUCUGCGCUGCAGCUUGAGCCGAGCAACAAGAAAGCCUUCUACAGACGAGCCCUGGCUUUUAAGGGUUUACAGGACUACCUGUCGGCCAGCAGUGACCUCCAGGAAGUCCUCCAGCUGGAUCCGAAGGUUCGGGAGGCCGAGCAGGAGCUUGAGGUGGUGACAAGCCUGCUGAGACAGAGCCUGAUGGACAGCACUGCACAUACACACAGGGUUUGAUGUUUGUGGAGGAAUAUGGAGGCAGAGGAAUGAAACAGGUGUGGACACGUACUGUACUGUAGCAGCUAUGGAGGAAAAGGACUCUUAAAGCCAUCAAAUGAAGUAAGUGAGACCUGUUCAAAUGGAAAUGACUGGCGUUGACUCCGGGGACGGGCUCCUUGGAUGACCAGCUUUUCAGCUCUGCACCAUCUGCAACGUGUGUACAGUAUUUACGUUUGGAGAGUCUCUCAUCAGAAUAUACAGUUUUAUUAACGGCUUUGAACUCAACAGUCGGGACACAAGAGACGUAAUCUGCAGGGUGAUGACACAGCUUGUUGUCUGGCCUCUACAUCAACUGAUUUAAGUCUCUUAAACUAAAAUGAUUCGGGAUGCUGCAGGCUGGGAACCUACACAACAACAACAACAACAUAACUCCUCUAUGAGCUCUUCAGGUGUAUAUUCAGACGUUUAGCCCUGCAGCCAUGAUCCACAUACACAGGUGUUUUCACUUUAUUUGCCUAAUUAGAGCUUCCCCCAGGUCAGUGCUUGAUUGACAGUUACCUGACUUGCCUGGUUGUAUUUUCAAACCUGUUUGAGGGACAUUAGACUUCUGUCACUCUUGGUAGCAGACUGAGUUUCGUGCCUUCACUUAACAUCAAUAGCGGCAGAUCUAACUUACCAAAAUCACUGUAAACACCUGUGUGGGUGUGCAGGGCAUUUAAAUAUCUGUCUUUUGAAUCCUAUCCAUUCCUGUGCUUUCUGAACAUCCCAUGUCAGCCCUGUAACACAAAACAAAAUGUAAAUCUAUGUAUAGCACAAUGUGCCACAUCGUUUAUUUCAUUCAUACUUGUAUGUAUUAUUACACUUGAUCCAAUCUGAAUUGAUCUGUUACCCAUUGUUUUCCUUGUGUUGUCCAAAUAAAAGCAUAAAAAUCUCAACUAAAUCGAAACACUUGAGGCUUGAAGUGUUGCUUCGUGGAAUGUAAGAGCAUGUACUGUAUGUAAAUAGUUUGGAUGCAAAUGUAAAUAAUAAACUGCUUUGUGGAUGCUUUAA